AUGGACGACUUUUCUAAUUUGCUGCGCAGGCUCCAAGUGCUCGUCAGAUGCCAACGGUUCAUCUUGAUACUAAGGACUCGUAUCGAGUGUAAGAAACUCAUGACUGGUAUCAGAGUACCUGAUUGCAUGAAAUCCGAAGCUCCAAUCACGGUCGCAGAACUCCAGCACAGUUUUCUUUGCUGCGCUAAACUCAGUCAAGUUCGUUACUUUGCUGCCGACAUCAAGACCUUGAAAAAUUCUCUUCCUGUCAAGAUCUCGAGCCCCCUCAGCCGGCUAAGCGCCUUCUUGGACGAUGAAGGCGUGCUACGAGUCAGCGGCCGUCUUCGUCACUCGCCACUUGCUUAUGAAGAGAAACACCCACCAGUCCUGGAUGCCAGAUGUCCUUUGUCGAGGCUAGUGAUCGACUGGGCACAUCAGCGAGCCUUGCAUGGCGGCUUUUGCUCAACGAACUCGCACGUCAUGCGACGGGUUUGGAUCGUUGGAGGAGCAGUGGAGAUAAAGCGACGAGUUCAUCAGUGCGUUGUAUGCUCGAAAGCACCAGCUCGACCCUUUCACCAAUUCAUGGCUCCCUUGCCGACAGCUCGCGUGACGCCCGCUCGGCCCUUCAGCCGAACUGGAGUAGACUACGCGGGACCUUUCUCCAUCCUUCGAUCCAAGGGCCGAGGUGCCAAGUCGGUCAAGGGAUACGUCGCUGUUUUUGUCUGCAUGUGGUCAAAGGCCCUACACCUUGAACCUGUUGGAGACCUAACAACAGCGAGUUUCCUCGGUGCACUCACUCACUUCAUAGGCCGCAGAGGAAAACCGAAGGAAAUCUGGAGCGACAACGCAACGAACUUCCACGGGGCAGAUCACGAACUCAAGCAGCUGAUGGCUGGGGCCAACCACGACUGGGAUUCAGUGGCUGAGAGUCUGGCCAACGAGGGAAUCGACUGGCAUUUCAUUCCACCAUCCGCCCCACACUUUGGAGGCUUGUGGGAAGCUGAGGUUAAAUCGAUGAAAACUCAUCUCCGUCGAGUGGUUGAAACUAGGAACCUCACUUUCGAGGAGUUUUCAACCCUGCUUGCAGAGAUUAAAAUGAUUCUCAACUGUCGCCCUCUGGGCCCGUUAUCUGGAGAUACGGAGGACUUGGACAUGCUCAUGCCAGCUCACUUUCUGAUCGGAGGACCCCUUACUUCUAUGCCUGCCACCAACACUUCUGAAAACCUAGACCGCCUGACCCAUUGGACCCUUGUGCAAGGCAUGCGCGACGCGCUGUGGCGCCACUGGACCCUCGAGUAUCUUAACACCUUGCAACAACGGACGAAAUGGUCCCGGCCCCGUCCCAAUCUCGCCGUUGGAGACGUAGUCCUCGUUGUGGAUCCAACGCUUUUGAACUCUAUCGGGAAGUGGCCACUGGGCCGAAUCGUCGACGUCAAACCGGUACUAGAUGGGUCCAUCCACGUCGUUAGGGUAAGAACUGCCUUGGGAGAGUACAUCCGUUCUAUCACCAAUAUUUCCCGGCUUCCCGUCAUUGAGCGUGCUGAUCACGCAACAGACGAUCCUGGUCCGACCGGCACCGGGCUCACGGCGGGCGGCCAGACUCAUAAUGGCCACAAAUGA